AUGGGCGACAAAAAGUUCCCAGGGGCUCCAUUUGGAACACAGUCUGCAAGGUUCUUUGUUUUGCUAAUAUUUCCAUUAAAUUACCCCUAUGAAACAUGACAAUCAAUAAUGAUUGUAAACAUCUCUUGUAAAUAACUAUUGUAGUAUUGUAGGUCUAAGCAUAAAAUAUCAAUCUUUCAAUUUUCCCAAUAAGGUUUGAUGUUUCAGGAGUCUAUCCAUCCAAAAAGAAGAUUGGCACAUUCACAGAAAUCAACCACUGCAAGAGACUGAUAAGUGACUUGGUAAAUAAAAGCACAUUACAGUAUCUCAUUCGAUUUUAUGUGAUUUUCAAAAAAAUUAACUUGGAAGAUACAGUAUGUGUCAAGGCUUUGCAUGACUCUCCUCCUAAAUGUGUGUGUGUGCAAUCCAUGUGUUGAGCUGAACUAAUAAACUAGAAUAUAAAUAAUGAAGUUAUAUUUUAUUUUCUAUUCAAUUCUAUUUUAUUCCACCGCGUUUGUGUAUCUCUUUGUCUGUGUCAGGAGCGUAACCUGGGUCCAGGUCAGUAUGAGGUGGACAUGGGGGACUUCAGCCCCCAGGUGGUCCAGAGCAGGGCCAGGGGACCAGGGUGGAAGAGGGGGCAGGAGAUGGCCCAGCAGGCCCAGAUGCCCCACCUGCUGUAUAGAGACACAUGGCUGACCAACCGCCUCCUGGUGAGGGAGCAGCAUCCAUGAUAAUGAUGAUGACUUGUAUCCGGUAGGAAAUUAUUGUCAUACAGCAUCUACAGUGCCUUGCAAAAGUAUUCAUCCCCCUUGGUGUUUUUCCUAUUUUGUUGCAUUACAACUAGUAAUUUAAAUGUUUUUUUUAUUUGGAUUUCAUAUAUUGGACAUACACAAAAUAGUCCAAAUUGGUGACGUGAAAUGAAAAAAGUAACUUGUUUCAAAGAAUUCUAAAAAAUAAAUAACUGAAAAGUGGUACGUGCAUAUGUAUUCACUCUCUUUGCUAUGAAGCCCCUAAAUAAUAUCUGGUGCAACCAAUUACUUUCAGAAGUCACAUAAUUAGUUAAAUAAAGUCCACCUGUGUGCAAUCUAAGUGUCACAUGAUCUGUCACAUGAUCUCAGUAUAUAUACACCUGUUCUGAAAGGCCCCAGAGUAUGCAACACCACUAAGCAAGGGGAACCACCAAGCAAGCGGCACCAUGAAGACCAAGGAGCUCUCCAAACAGGUCAGGGACAAAGUCGUGGAGAAGUACAGAUCAGGGUGGGUUAUAAAAAAAUAUCAGAAACUUUGAACAUCCCACGGAGCACCAUUAAAUCCAUUAUUAAAAAAUUGAAAGAAUAUGGCACCACAACAAACCUGUCAAGAGAGGGCCGCCAACCAAAACUCACAGACCAGGCAAGGAAGGCUUUAAUCAGAGAGGCAACAAAGAGACCAAAGAUAACCCUGAAGGAGCUGCAAAGCUCCACAGUGGAGAUUGGAGUAUCUGUCCAUAGGACCACUUUAAGCCAUACACUCCACAGAGCUCGGCUUUACGGAAGAGUGGCCAGAAAAAGCCAUUGCUUAAAGAAAAAAAUAAGCAAACACGUUUGGUGUUCGCCAAAAGGCAUGUGGGAGACUCCCCAAACAUAUGGAAGAAGGUACUCUGGUCAGAUGAGACUAAAAUUGAGCUUUUUGGCCAUCAAGGAAAAAGCUAUGUCUGGCGCAAACCCAACACCUCUCAUCACCCCGAGAACACCAUCCUCACAGUAAAGCAUGGUGUGUCACGAUCGUUUACGGACGAGAAGGACCAAGGCGCAGCGUGAUAUGCAUUCAUAUUUAUUUAUGUACUGAACACACGACAAAACAACAAACGAAACAUGAAGUCCAAGGUAGCAUACACACAACAUACCUUACACGGAACAAGAUCCCACACCCCACUAGUGCCAACAGGCUACCUAAGUAUGGUCCCCAAUCAGAGACAACGAGCUACAGCUGCCUCUGAUUGGGAACCACCCUGGCCAACAUAGAUCUAAACGAUCUAGAAACUAACAUAGACAAACCCAACACAGAAAAUACACACCCUGACUCAACAAAUACCAGUCCCUAGAGUCAGGGCGUGACAGUACCCCCCCCCCCCCCCCCCCCUGAAAGGUGCGGACUCCGACCGCACCACAUAAACCUAACAGGGUAGGGGCCGGGUGGGCAUUCCGCCUCGGAGGCGGAUCCGGCUCCGGGUGUGACCACCACUUACUCUCCACCUUCCCGUUGCGCCCCUGGUCUGGUCUGGACCUUGGCGCGCUGCUUCCUCUCUCCUUCCUCCCACGCAGUACCACGCCCUGUCUGGACCCUGGUGUGGGAGACCCCGAACCUGGAGAGGGGCUGACGUCUGGGUCUGGACUGGAACCGCUGACUGGAGCUGGACCCGACGACGGUGGAUCGAACUGCUCUGGCUCCGGGGUGGAGCCGCUGACCGGAACUGGAUCAGGCACCGGUGGAGCGGACUGCUCUGGCUCCGGAGUGGAGCCGCUGACCGGAGCUGGAUUGGACCCCGGUGGAGCGGAUUGCUCUGGCUCCGGAGUGGAGCAGCUGACCGGUGCCAGACCAGGCACCUGUGGAACAGGCACGGGCCGUGCCGGACUGGACACACACACCACUGGCUUGGUGCGGGGAGCAGGAACGGGCCGGACUGGGCUGACGACGCGCACCACUGGCUUGGUGCGGGGAGCAGGAACGGGCCGUACCGGACUGGCGACGCGCACCACUGGCCUGGUGCGGGGUGCAGGAACAGGCCGGGCCGGGCUGGCGACGCGCACCACUGGCUUGGUGCGAGGGACAGGAACCGGUCGGACCGGGCUGGCGACGCGCACCACUGGCUUGGUGCACGGGGCAGGAAUGGGCCGAACCAUACUGGGAACACCCCCCACUGGCUUAGUGCGGGAAUCAGGAACGGGCCGGACCGGACUGGACUGGCGACACGCACCACUUGAUUGGUGCGAGGAGCGGGACUGGGUUCCUUCAUUAACCCCCGCUCCUUCUGCUGCCUAACCAGCUCCUCUCACCGUGCCUCUACACUUUCCUUCUGUUCCCUCUGAACCAAUGACCCCCUUAAUCUGGCGGCCUCCUCUGCUAAACGGCUGAACUGCUCUAUCGCGGCCUCCUGGUGCCUCGUCGUCCACGGCGUGAGCCCCCCCUAAAAAAUGUUUGGGCUUGUCUCUCCCCCGUGAUCAUGGCCUCCAUCCCUCUUGCCAGACUCUCGCUCAUCUCCUCCCAAGUCCAUCCUCUCUCCUCGUCACGCUGCUUGAUCCAGGCUUGGUGGGAUCUUCUGUCACAAUCGUUUACGGACGAGAAGGACCAAGGCGCAGCGUGAUAUGCAUUCAUAUUUAUUUACGUACUGAACACACGACAAAACAACAAACGAAACGUGAAGUCCAAGGUAGCAUACACACAACAUACCUUACACGGAACAAGAUCCCACACCCCACUAGUGCCAACAGGCUACCUAAGUAUGGUCCCCAAUCAGAGACAACGAGCUACAGCUGCCUCUGAUUGGGAACCACCCUGGCCAACAUAGAUCUAAACGAUCUAGAAACUAACAUAGACAAACCCAACACAGAAAAUACACACCCUGACUCAACAAAUACCAGUCCCUAGAGUCAGAGCGUGACAUGGUGGUGGCAGCAUCAUGCUGUGGGGAUGUUUUUCAUCGGCAGGGACUGGGAAACUGGUCAGAAUUGAAGGAAUGAUGGAUGGCGCUAAAUACAGGGAAAUUCUUGAGGGAAACCUGUUUCAGUCUUCCAGAGAUUUGAGACUGGGACGGAGGUUCACCUUCCAGCAGGACAAUGACCCUAAGCAUACUGCUAAAGCAACACUUGAGUAGUUUAAGGGGAAACAUUGAAAUGUCUUGGAAUGGCGUAGUCAAAGCCCAGAUCUAAAUCCAAUUGAGAAUCUGUGGUUUGACUUAAAGAUUGCUGUACACCAGCGGAACCCAUCCAACUUGAAGGAGCUGGAACAGUUUUGCCUUGAAGAAUGGGAAAAAAUCCCAGUGGCUAGAUGUGCCAAGCUUAUAGAGACAUACCCGAAGAGACUUGCAGCUGUAAUUGCUGCAAAAGGUGGCUCUAUAAAGUAUUGACUUUGGAGGGUGAAAAGUUGUGCACGCUCAAGUUUUCUGUUUUUUUGUCUUAUUUCUUGUUUGUUUCACACAAACAAAUAUUUUGCAUCUUCAAAGUGGUAGGCAUGUUGUGUAAAUUAAAUGAUACAACCCCCCAAAAAAAUCCAUUUUAAUUCCAGGUUGUAAGGCAACAAAAUAGGAAAAAUGCCAAGGGGGGUGAAUACUAUCGCAAGCCACUGUAUCACUUCACGACAUCACAGAACCGACACUGAAAUAGACCCUGUUUAUUUUUGUUUGGUCUGUCAUGUUGUCCUAUAUAGACGCAUUGAUGCUUCUGUAAUGAGGGCAACAGUUUAGGGACUUUUCAGCUCCAGUCCAAGCCAGUAUGAAGGCCAAUUAGAUUUUGAUUCUGUACACAAAUGUAGCCGUGUAAAAUGAAUACUUCCACCAAACAAUCAAUGGAGUGUGUUAUAAAAUGUAAUCUAAACUGAUGAAACACAAUAAUUAUAUUGGUGGAGGGUUCCAGUGUAACUAAUGCUAAACUGUUCCACAACCUAGAGAACCAGGGUAGGCCCAGGGAGGUAUGACAUCCAGGACUUCACUGAGCUCUGGAAGAAGCCAUACAGUGUGAGAGGAGUGUGUGACAGCAGGGAUGAGAGGUUUAAAGACUUCACAAAUGUACUGCAGUUACUAGAGGGAGACAAAUACUCACAUACAAGUCAUUGUGUUACAAGUCAUUUGGGCCCUGUGUAGCUCAGUUGGUAGAGCAUGGCGCUUGCAACGCCAGGGUUGUGGGUUCGAUUCCCACAGGGGGCCAGUAUGAAAAAUGUAUGCACUCACUAACUGUAAGUCGCUCUGGAUAAGAGCGUCUGCUAAAUGACUAAAAUGUAAAAAUGUAGAACAUUGGUCAAGUGCUUUACAGUAACCCAGCCUAGACUCCUAAGGAGCAAGCAGCAGCACAGUGGCAUGGAAAAAAUCCCUAGAAGGAAGAAAACUUUAGAGGAACUGGUUUCCUUUUGCUCCACUGGGUAGAAGAUAAUUGAUUAAUGGUAUUAUUGUAAUUCCUCCUUGUCAUUUGACAGAAGCAAACUACUCCAGGCCCAGGGGCUUAUGGGAAGGGGGGCAUCCCAUCUGGGCUGCUGGAUGAGAGGAGGAGGAAGCCGAUUGGCUCCCGUCCAAUGAUGGACUUCAGUGCUGGAGUGGAACGCUUCCCAGAGCUCAUAGUGGUGAGUUUAGUAGUCCUUAAAUGUGAAUGUGAUUUUUUUGCUGUUUAUAUAAUGGGGAAAAUAUUAGAUGUAUCAGAUAUGCCAAUACAUCAGAAUAAGGGUGCCUGUGUAAACUAAUCCUUAGUGAUUAGCUACAUAUAGGGGAAACUGAAUAUAUGAAUGAAUGAAUGAACAAGGUUUAUUGGGGGAAUAAGGGGGAAAUUGAGUUUUUCACCAGCAGCAACACAGACAGGGACAACACAGACACAUGCUUAUGGAUGUUUGCUUCUCUCUGUGUUCAGGACUCUGGUCUGUGUCCUGGUACCUACCACCUACCGACCUUCACUGACGUGCUCCUCAGUCGCCACAUCAGCAAACGAGGACCCUACGACCUCUUCACUGGCCAACGAGACAAGCCAAUCACCUGUGGAUAUUUUGCUGCCCCGGUAACUAGGCCCUUAAAUUAGAUUUUAUCUCUAUUACAAUAACCUGUAUAAAAGUUUAAAUGAAAAAAUAUAUUUAUGAACAAUUAUAAGUACUACAGUGAGGGAAAAAAGUAUUUGAUCCCCUGCUGAUUUUGUACGUUUGCCUACUGACAAAGAAAUGAUCAGUCUAUAAUUUUAAUGGUAGGUUUAGUUGAACAGUGAGAGACAGAAUAACAACAACAAAAAUCCAGAAAAAUGCAUGUCAAAAAUGUUAUAAAUUGAUUUGCAUUUUAUUGAGGGAAAUAAGUAUUUGACCCCUCUGCAAAACAUGACUUAGUACUUGGUGACAAAACCCUUGUUGGCAAUCACAGAGGUCAGACGUUUCUUGUAGUUGGCCACCAGGUUUGCACACAUCUCAGGAGGGAUUUUGUCCCACUCCUCUUUGCAGAUCUUCUCCAAGUCAUUAAGGUUUAGAGGCAGACGUUUGGCAACUCAAACCUUCAGCUCCCUCCACAGAUUUUCUAUGGGAUUAAGGUCUGGAGACUGGCUAGGCCACUCCAGGACCUUAAUGUUCUUCUUCUUGAGCCACUCCUUUGUUGCCUUGGCCGUGUGUUUUGGUUCAUUGUCAUGCUGGAAUACCCAUCCACGACCCAUUUUCAAUGCCCUGGCUGAGGGAAGGAGGUUCUCACCCAAGAUUUGACGGGACAUGGCCCCGUCCAUCUUCCCUUUGAUGCGGUGAAGUUGUUCUGUCCCCUUAGCAGAAAAACAUCCCCAAAGCAUAAUGUUUCCACCUCCAUGUUUGACGGUGGGGAUGGUGUUCUUGGGGUCAUAGGCAGCAUUCCUCCUCCUCCAAACACGGCGAGUUGAGUUGAUGCCAAAGAGCUCGAUUUUGGUCUCAUCUGACCACAACACUUUCACCCAAUUCUCCUCUGAAUCAUUCAGAUGUUAAUUGGCAAACUUCAGACGGGCAUGUAUAUGUGCUUUCUUGAGCAGGGGGACCUUGCGGGCGCUGCAGGAUUUCAGUCCUUCACGGCGUAGUGUGUUACCAAUUGUUUUCUUGGUGACUAUGGUCCCAGCUGCCUUGAGAUCAUUGACCAGAUCCUCCCGUGUAGUUCUGGGCUGAUUUCUCACCGUUCUCAUGAUCAUUGCAACUCCACGAGGUGAGAUCUUGCAUGGAGCCCCAGGCCGAGGGAGAUUGACAGUUCUUUUGUGUUUCUUCCAUUGGAGAAUAAUCGCACCAACUGUUGUCACCUUCUCACCAAGCUGCUUGGCGAUGGUCUUGUAGCCCAUUCCAGCCUUGUGUAGGUCUACAAUCUUGUCCCUGACAUCCUUGGAGAGCUCUUUGUUCUUGGCCAUGGUGGAGAGUUUGGAAUCUGAUUGAUUGAUUGCUUCUGUGGACAGGUGUCUUUUAUACAGUUAACAAGCUGAGAUUAGGAGCACUCCCUUUAAGAGUGUGCUCCUAAUCUCAGCUCGUUACCUGUAUAAAAGACACCUGGGAGCCAGAAAUCUUUCUGAUUGAGAGGGGGUCAAAUACUUAUUUCCCUCAUUAAAAUGCAAAUCAAUUUAUAACAUUUUUUACAUGCUUUUUUCUGGAUUUUGUUGUUGUUAUUCUGUCUUUCACUGUUCAAAUAAACCUACCAUUAAAAUUAUAGACUGAUCAUUUCUUUGUCAGUGUGCAAACGUACAAAAUCAGCAGGGGAUCAAAUACUUUUUUCCCUCACUGUACAUAUUCAAAAGGGUGAAGGGAGUGCCAUUGAGGGUUGUUAAGAGAGCUGUUAAAGUGCAUCUAGAGGAAUUGCCAGACGAAUUGGAUAAUUGAUAUUUCAUAGUGUGUUACCAUGACCCACUGUGAAGAUUGAUAAUUGAUCCAUUCCAUCAUGAACUCAUUAAAUUAUCAUUUUUUGUACUACAUUAUGUUCAAUCAUUUUCUUUCCUUUGUGAUAAGCAGUUGAAAAGGAAAAUGGAAGAUACGCAAUUAGCUAUGCAUGUUUGAUGUGUAUUUCAACCUAAAACCCUGCUUGCAUCUUCCUUGCCUUGAGGACAUCCCUUCACAUGCUAUUUCUGAAUAAUUGGGUUAUUUCGCCUCCUUCCUGCCCUAGAAAAAAGCCAAUCUGAAUCUGGGUACGUUCGCCAAGCCAGCGAAGGUCUUGUGUGAGGACAUUCUGCGACCAGAGAAAGGACACCAAGGCAAGUUUGGCACCCUAGACCAGUACCCUUCCCUCCCUACUGAAUGCAUCUACCUGGGUUCCCUGCCCCAGUACCCAUGGCCAGCGGUCAGUACACCCCUGUCAUGGUCUACUCAGUCCACAAUGUAAACACAUUGAUAUAGCGUAAUGUAGACCAACGUAGUUAAAAUAUAAAGUAGCUAACAAGUGAUCAUAUCCAUGCAAUUAGUGUAAUAUUCAGAAUAUGUUCAUGCUGUUUUAGCAGCAUAGAUGUAGUAAUCAGAUGUAGUUAGCUGGCUCGCCUCCAGUCUUAUACCUCAAACUCACAUCAAACAAUAACAGCAGAGACACUCUGGUCGUGGAUUCUAUGAAGAUGUUAGUCCGCCCAAAGUGGAGAACCGCAACCCUCCUCCCAUCCUCUCCUCCUCUCCCCGUAUCACCAAGAGGGCCGAGAGGCUGAUGCAGGGGAACUAUGUGAGUGAUGUUGACAUCAUCAAUCUUCAUCUUGCUUUUUCUUAUACGGACCAAAUAGGCCUAUUUUUAAGUUGAGGAAAGACCUUAAAUCUUAUCUUGACACCCAACUUCUCUUCACCUCAACCAGACCACAGUGGGUGUGUGACGUUACAACCUGGCUAAGAAGCAAACGAGGAACACUCAGAAGAAGAACGAUAACGCUGGCUAUCGCUACGUCUUCAUGUCCCGCAUCCCCAGAUAUUUACAUGACCUGCACCAGGACAACUUCAACCAGUAAGAUCAACCUUUCCUCUGACGGCUUAGUUUUACGUUGUGGCUGGUAAGAGGUUAGUUAAUACUGAUCUGUAUUAUUUACGAAACUCAGAUACAUUCACAAGAUCAUUUAAAGCUUAAGUUCACAUCAGUUUAGUAAUAAUGUGAUGGGAAAGAUACAGUAAUACAGUGCCUUCAGAAAGUAUUCACACCUCUUUACUUUUUCCACAUUUUAAAUUAAGAUGUUGUGUCACUGGCCUACACACAAUACCCUAUAAUGUCAAAGUGGAAUGAAAAGGUGAAAUGUCUUGAGUCAAUACGUAUUCAAACCCUUUUUUAUGGCAAGCUUAAGUUCAAGAGUAAAACAUUGCUUAACAAGUCACAUAAGUUGCAUGGACUCACUCUGUGUGCAAGAAUAGUGUUUAACAUGAUUUUUGAAUGACUACCUCAUCUCAGUACCCCACACAUACAAUUAUUUGUAUGGUUCCUCAACCGAGCAGUGAAUUUCAUACACAGAUUCAACCACAAAGACCAGGUAGGUUUUCCAAAGCCUUGCAAAGAAGGGCACCUAUUGGUAGAUGGGUAAAAAACAUUGAAUAUCCCUUUGAGCAUGGUGAAGUUUUUUAUUACAUUUUGGAUGGUGUAUCAAUACACCCAGUCACUACAAAGAUACAGGCGUUCCUUUCUAACUCAGUUGCCAGAGAGGAAGGAAACCACUCAGGGAUUUUACCAUGAGGCCAAUGGUGACUUUAAAACAGUUACAGAGUUUAAUGGCUGUGAUACGAGAAAACUGAGGAUGGAUCAACAACAUUGUAGUUACUCCACAAUACUAACCUAAAUGACAGAGUGAAAAUAAGGAAGCCUGUACAGAAUAAAAAAUAUUCCAAAACAUGCAUCCUUUUUGCAAAUGUGGCAAAUAAAUUAACUUCAUGUCCUGAAAAAACACAUCACUGAGUACCAUUCUUCAUAUUUUCAAGCAUGGUGGUUGCUGCAUCAUGUUAUGGGUAUGCAAAAUCCUAGAGGGAAACCUGUUUCAGUCUGCUUUCCAACAGACAUUGGGAGACAUAUUUACCUUUCAGUAGGACAAUAACCUAAAAAACAAGUCCAAAUAUACACUGGAGUUGUUUACCAAGACGGCAUUGAAUGUUCCUGAAUGGUCUAGUUACAGUUUUGACUUAAAUCGGCUUGAAAAUCAAUGGCAGGACUUGAAAAUUGCUGUCUAGCAAUGACCAACAACCAAAUUGACAGAGCUUGAAGAAUAAAAACAUAUAUAAUGUGCAAAUAUUGUACAAUCCAGAUGUGCAAAGCUCUUAGAGACACACAGAAAGACUCACAGCUGUAAUCACUGCCAAAGGUGAUUCUAACAUGUAUUGGAUGUGAAUACUUAUGUAAAUGAGAUAUUUCUGUAUUUCAUUUUCAAUAAAUUGGCAAAACAAUCUAAAAACAUGUUUUCACUUUGUCAUUGUGGGGUAUUGUGUGUAGAUUGGUGAGAGAGAAAAAUCAAUUGAAUCCAUUUUGAAUUUAGGCUGUAACACAACAAAAUGUGGAAUAAGGGGGUAUGAACAGUAUCUGAAGGCACUGUACAUGGAUUUGUGAACAGUCAUCUGUUAUUGGAGUUAUACACACCAAAAUAGGCAAUGUUAUGUAACACAGUUAUGGAUCUCUCUCAUAAAAAAUAAAUGUAUGAUAACUUUUUAUACCUAUUUGUUGACUUUUGGUAAGCUCUUCACAAAUCCUAUCACAGUCGACAUCAUCUGUGACCAGUAGACCUAUGCUGACACAUGUUAAAUCCCAAUCCAUUUGAUCUUCCAGGGAGAGGCUGAAACCCAUCAACAUUCCCCCACAUAGGAUGCCCUAUUAUCGGCCGCCGGAUGAGGUUUCGGCUGUUGCAGUGCCACACUCCUCAGGUUGAGAAUAGACCCAAGCACCAGCUCAAUCUUGAACACAACAACAACACACACACAAUUUUGAGAAAAUAAAAUAAAAGAUCCUGUAACCUGAUUCAAAUUUACUUGUUAUGUAUGAAAAAGGUCUGUAGAGGGCAGUAUUACUUCAUGACCUUCCCUGCUAGGGAAACCAAGGAAAUCUCAGUCCAAUCAGAGAUAGAAGUGUUUGUACAUUUGUAUUCCAUGUCAAGCCUGAAAGAUUAAACAUGUUUUGCCCUUCACUGUCAAUGUUGGCUUAUAGCAGUCUCUCUGAUUUGAUAUGAGGAAAACAUACCUUAAAAAACGAAGGAAGAUCACUACUUGCAGUUGCACAGCAACGCGUUGACACAACAUUUCCUCAAAGAUUGAGAGGUUAGUCAGGAGUGGAGUUAGUGGAUAUAAAAAUGAGGUUACUAAUGUCACAGGGGAUAGUAAAAUAUUAGUCUCUCCAGGUGAAUGUUUUCAGGGUGGUGUGUGAUGACCUGAGGGUCAGCAUGACAUGAGGUAGGGUGUCCAUAAAAAUGUGGCUUUGAAAGUGUUAUGUUGAUGUUUUACAACUCCGGCUUCUGCCUUCCAGUUUCAGGGAAAUCAUUAAAUUAAACAAACAGCAGAAAUGUGGUCUAGAUGUGGAUGUCAUUGAAAGGCCACCAUUAUAAGCAGAUUAGGUUUUACUACAGCUGUCAGUGAAAUUAGCUGAGAUUUAUUAUUUAUGGAUCAUAAAAUGGGUGUGUGGGUUAUUUGGGGAGUAACCCUGGUUUUCUGCCAAACCAGUUGAGGCAUGAAGUAUUGAAGGGCUCUGAGAAGUGGAUAUAAAACCACAACCAGAGAGACCCACACCAGUAGGGAGAGGACCUGACUGGACCAGACAAGGACUGGACACACACACACACAAACACACAAAUAUAUGUUUGUUUAAAUAGAUAGAAGAACAAAUAUUUCAGUCCAUGUCCUGUUGAGUCCAUGAUGAUGAUGUCAAAGCGUGCCGUAUGUUCUUGCAUGUGGCGAGUCGGGGGUCAGAAAAACACUGUGUUACAAACAAGGCCACUGGGCCAGGAAGGAAAUCCUCCUGGGUCACAUGAUUUGUGGAAGGGCCUCGACUAGCAAACAAAAGCCAGUUGGGUUGGGUGGGGGAGCUUUAUGGACUUUUAUUGCACAAUUACGCAAGAAAACACUCAACGAACUCAACAGGCAGUUUACUUUUCUUGAUGAAAAUAUAAACGCUCAAGUAUUGAGGUCUCAACAUAUCCAUGUCAGAAAAUACACUAUUGCUCAAAUUCUCCUCGGGGGAAGUUUGGUACACGACUUUCACUGACGGAGAAUGUGAAAAGAGUGGGAAAUCAGCAAAAUGAAAAUCAUUGUUAAUAGAUAGCUCUGCCUCAUGCAUAUUUAUUUAGAUGGCCCAGGCCAGGACCAUACAGCUGGUUUCAGUUAGGAGCCUACAGAGAGAUUAAGUGAUAGUAAAACUAAAUGGAUCGCAUGUGUAGAGAAAACCUCUCUCAGAUUUGUAAUUGUGUUGCAUUUUGGGUGUUUAUGCUUUAUAAUACCAUAAAGAGCAGUGGAGCCAGUUGAUAGACACUCAACAAACAAGAUAAUGGAGAGGAGAAAGGAGACUGAAGAAGAAGAAGAAGAAGAAGAAGAAGAAGAAGAAGAAGAAGAAGAAGAAGAAGAAGAAGAAGAAGAAGAAGAAGAAGAAGAAGAAGAAGAAGAAGACAUGCACAUGUAAAUAUUUACAGUGGAGCAUGCCCAGGAAAUACCCAAGUCCUCCUGAAUCUCUAACAAGACAUGAGAGCAAGUGCAGUAGGCAAAACACUAAGCCAAAAUACUACCCCAAAAUGGUCAUACCAUUAGCUAUUUGCAACAACUUUAAUGUUAGCCUUUCAUCCAUUCUAGAGCUUCUGAUGAGAUCUUAUGGACAAAGACACAUCUAUAAUGACCAUGCUCCUCUAAAGCACCCAUCAUUCAGAUAGAUGACACCGUCAACGGAUUCCUUUUGCAUCAGUGUUGUUGGUUAACUAGAAGGACCCCAACCAGAGAGACGGUACGUUUGAUUGGCUGCCUGAUAGGGGACACAUUAAGGGCUAUACAUGCAGAUUCUAAGCACAUUAACAUUCCUGAAUAAAUAACCCCAGGGAAUGUUACUCUGGAGACAUUCAACAGGAGUGCCCAGAAGAGAAGGAUGAGUAGGAUGGGACACCUCCAGUCCAGUCCACAGCCCCAGAUUAGGAGCUAGGACCAGGGGUGAAUUCAGUGAGACAAAAUGUUCACAACAUUGCAGAUAGAAAUGUAACAAAUAGAGUCAACUCAUGAUGUCCUAUUGUUCUUUACAGACAACCAUAUAAAGUGCAUUCGGAAAGUAGUCAGACCCCUUCCCUUUUUCCACAUUUUGUUACGUUACAGCCUUAUUCUAAAAUUGAUUACAUUAUUUUCCUCCCUCAUCAAUCUACACACAAUACCCCAUAAUGACAAAGCGAAAACAGGUUUUUAAACAUUUUGGCAAAUGUAUUAAAAAUAAAAAACAGAAAUACCUUAUUUACAUAAGUAUUCAGACCCUUUGUUAUGAGACUCGAAAUUGAGCUCAGGUGCAUCCUGUUUCCAUUGAUCAUCCUUGAGAUGUUUCUACAACUUGAUUGGAGUCCACCUGUGGUACAUUCAAUUGAUUGGACAUGCAUUUCAGAGCAAAAACCAAGCCUUGAGAUCAAAUUAAUUGUCUGUAGAGCUCCGAGACAGGAUUGUGUCGAGGCACUGAUCUGGGGAAGGGCACCAACACAUUUCUGCAGCAUUGAAGGUCCCCAAGAACACAGUGGCCUCAAUCAAUCGUAAAUGGAAGAAGUUCGGAACCACCAAGACUCUUCCUAGAGCUGGCCAAACUGAGCAAUCAGGGGAGAAGGGCCAAGGUCAGGGAGGGGUCCCUCUGACAGAGCUCCAGACAUCCUCUGUGGAGAUGGGAGAACCUUCCAGAAGGACAACCAUCUCUGCAGCACUCCACCAAUCAGGCCUUUAUGGUAGAGUGGCCAGACGGAAGCCACUCCUCAGUAAAAGGCACAUGACAGCCCGCUUGGAGUUUGCCAAAAGGCACCUAAAGGACUCAGACCAUGAUGAAACCAAGAUUGAACUCUUUGGCCUGAAUGCCAAGCGUCACGUCUGGAGGAAACCUGGCACCAUCCUUACGGUGAAGUAUGGUGGUGGCAGCAUCAUGCUGUGGGGAUGUUUGUCAGCGGCAGGGACUGGGAGAUUAGUCAGGAUCGAGGGAAAGAUGAACGGAGCAAAGUACAGAGAGAUCCUUGAUGAAAAACUGCUCCAAAGCGCUCGGGACCUCAGACUGGGGCGAAGGUUAAUCUUCCAACGGGACAACAACCCUAAGCACACAGCCAAGACAAUGCAGGAGUGGCUUCGGGAUAAGUCUCUGAAUGUCCUUGAGUGGUCCAGCCACAGCCCGGACUUGAACCCGAUCUAACAUCUCUGGAGAGACCUGAAAAUAGCUGUGCAGCGACGCUCCCCAUCCAACCUGACAGAGCUUGAGAGGAUCUGCAGAGAAGAAUGGGAGAAACUCCCCAAAUACAGGUGUGCCAAGCUUGUAGCGUCAUACCCAAGAAGACUCGAUGCUGUAAUCGCUGCCAAAGGUGCUUCAACAAAGUACUGAGUAAAGGGUCUGAAUACUUAUGUAAAUGUGAUUAUAUAUAUAUUUUUUUAUACAUUUGCAAACAUUUCUAAAAACCUGUUUUUGCUUUGUCAUUAUGGGGUAUUUAACGUAAUAAAAUGUGGAUCUGAAUACUUUACGAAUGCACUGUAUGUUCUACACAACACAUCUGAACGUUCUGUAACAUUGCACUCUCCUGAACAGGCCCCAGGUAUCUCAGCGCUGCAUGCCACAGCCAGGACCAGCCAGAUGGUUCUCUCUCUCUUGCAUUUUGGACUUUGUGUCCCUGGAUAAACAUUGUUAGCUAAUCACCAUGAAAUAGCAGGACACAGAGGGUAAGAAUAUCCCUAUUUUCUCUGGAACGUUAGACAAUAUCAUUAGCAAACCCCUGCAAAUUGUUUCUCCAUUUUCUGAUGGAGAAAUGUUGUUAUUGCCAAAAGUUCUGAAAACUCUGCCAUGUUCCGUUUGACAUGCAGAGGAGAGCGUUGGCAGAAUUAUUCUAGAUCUGCUAGUACAGAUUGGUUCUCCAGCUUGGUUCUUCAGCUUGGUUCUUCAGCUUGGUUCUCCAGCUUGGUUCUCCAGCUUGGUUCUCCUGCUUGGUUCUCCUGCUUGGUUCUCCUGCUUGGUCCACUCUAGAUAG